AGCAUGGGUAAUUGCUUCUCAUCGCGGUCGACGCGCCAGAUGUCGCCAUCGGUCUCGGGCAUUCGCAAUGAACGUGCAUCGCCGAAAUUCUCCGCUGAUCGGAGCAGCGUGGAACCGCUCAAAGAAAGCAACUGCAAUGAAAUGCUAACGCCUCGAAGACAGGAAACACAUGGUGGCCCACAAGGUACCGCUUUCUGA